UGUUGGGAAGUCCCUCGCCGCAAAGAAUUCCGAUUGAGAUCCGAACGGAGGAGUGGCGGAGACGGGGGUGAAACCCCUGUGGGACAAUGUUCUACUAUCCCAACGUGCUUCAGCGCCACACCGGCUGCUUCGCCACCAUCUGGCUGGCAGCGACGCGUGGCAGCCGGCUGGUGAAGCGUGAGUACUUGAAGGUGAACGUGGUGAAGACCUGCGAGGAAAUCCUCGAUUACGUGCUGGUACGAGUGCAGCCCCCGCUGCCGGGUCUACCGCGGCCCCGCUUCUCCCUGUAUCUCUCAGCCCAGCUGCAGAUUGGCGUGAUCCGGGUCUACUCCCAGCAAUGCCAAUACCUCGUAGAGGACAUCCAGCACAUUCUGGAGCGCCUGCACCGUGCCCAGCUGCAGAUCCGCAUUGAUAUGGUAGAGACUGACCUACCCAGCCUGCUGCUUCCUAACCGCCUGGCCAUGAUGGAGACCCUGGAAGAUGCUCCAGACCCCUUUUUUGGAAUGAUGUCUGUGGAUCCCACACUUCCCAGCCCCUUCAGUAUCCCUCAGAUUCGACACCUUCUUGAGGCUGCAACCCCAGAGAGACUUCUUGAGGAGAUCCCUCCUGAAGUCCCUAUGGAGCCAACGAAGCCAGACAGGAUCCCAGUCACUGUGCUGUCCCCAGAGGCCAUCACCCUCCAAGAGGCAGAGCCCAUACGCAUGCUGCAGAUUGAGGGUGAACGGGACCUUCCGGAGGUCAGCCGGCGAGACUUGGAGCUGCUGAUUGCCGAGGAAGAAGAAGCUAUCUUAUUAGAGGAACGUGAAGAGUACAAGGAGGAGCCCCGGGCCCUGGAGGGAGACACCAUAUUACCCUCGCUUUCACCUCCAGCUCUUGCACAGGUGGAAGGGGCAGCAGAGCCACUUCCGGUCCCAGUCCCCGAGGAACCGAAGCCAGCAGGCUGGGAGCCUGAGGCCCUACUUACUGAGGUGACCCCUCCACCAGAGCUGCGUCUGCCAGCCCCUCCCAGCCCAGAGCAGAGGAGGCCCCCAGUUGCCCCAUAUCCUGUGAGCCCACCUGCUCGUCGCCGUCGCCGCCGCCAGUUACUGUUCUGGGACAAGGAGACUCAGAUUUCCCGGGAGAAAUUCCGGGAACAACUGCAAACCAGAGCCCACUGCUGGGAGUGUCCAAAGGUGCAGCCUCCUGAGAGGACCAUCAGAAGCCCCACGGAGCUAUUCCAAACCCCAACUCACUCUGGCUGGUUACCCCCAGAACUGCUGUCUUUCUGGACCCACUGUGCCCAGCCACCCCCAGAAGCACUCAGGCGAAGGCCACCCCUGGAGCCUGAAGAGGAGGCUGAGGAGGAAAGGAGGAGGACUGAAGCUCUGAGCGAUAUUGAGGUCCUGAGAGAGGCCCAGGAGCCCAGCGGGCCCCUCAUGCUGUCUUCAGAACUCUCUCUAGAAGCGGCCGAGGAAGAGAAGACCCGCAUCAGCCUCAUCCCUUUGGAAGAACGGUGGGCCUGGGCCGAGGCAGAGCAGCCAGAGGCCCCUGCACUGCCUGUGGUACCCGAACUCCCUGAAGUGCCUAUGGAGUUGCCUUUGGAGCUGCCCCUGGAGCCUGAGCUGCUGUCGCUGGAGGCUGUGUAUAGGGCAGUGGCACAGGAGCUGCAGGCCAACAGGGAGCCCGAUUUCAGCAGCCUGGUGUCCCCUCUCAGCCCUCGCAGGGUGGCUGCCCGGGCCUUCUAUCUGCUGCUAGUGCUUGCAGCACAACAGAUCCUUCGCGUGGAACAAGAGAAGCCGUACGGGCGCCUCCUGAUGCAGCCGGGGCCCCGAUUCCACUGCGGUUAGAACUAAUUCACAAGCUGCCAGGAUACUGGUUACAUUAAAUAUGUCUUGCCUGCCUCA